ACCGCGAACGACGUUGUCACAGACAGGAUGCGUGCGAUGGAGCUUACAAAAAAAUGUGCCAUUUUUCGUAAAUUUUUGGCGAUCCGGUCUUCAAUCCAAAAGUUCAUUGCAAAAUUAUGAUUAAAAUUUGCCUGCAAAAUAUCAGAGGAGCUUGGUACUACUAAUAUAUAUUCUGUGGAGGAGCACACUUAACCGCCUAUACUGAACAUGAUGUCCACAAUGAGAAUUAACUAUAAUGGAAACAACUAUCCCCAAGCCCCACCUCCUAAUCCUAUUUAUCCGCAAGUCUUCCACAAUGUGAAUGCUCCUGCACCUGGCCAGCCUCAGGCUGUACCUGGGCAGCCUCAGUAUCCUGGUGCUCCUCAGUAUCCUGGCGUGCAUCAGUAUCCAGGUGCUCCUCAGUAUCCAGGUGCUGCUCAGUAUCCCGGUGCUCCUCAGUAUCCCGGUGCACCUCAACACCCAGGUCAACCGCAGUAUGCUCCUCAACCUGGGUUUGCUGUUUACCCCAACCCUACAGCCAUGUCUUAUCCUGGCGCUUACCCAGGGCAGCAACCACUACAUGGUGGUCCUCCGUCAGCCCCAACUGUGACUCCGCAUAAUGAAGCUGGUCUUGAAUGGAUUCCUACUACGCCAAGAGAUGCUCAGAGCCUGAGUCCCAAGGCAGUUGUUGCUGGGUUUGAGGGGCACGACCAUAGUCCUCUGUGGGUGAUCAGAGCUAGAUAUGAAAACGACUUGAUCCCCGGCAAGCUGGCCAUCAAACACAACUGUGCUUACGUGGCAUGGGGAGGCAAGGAGCACUCUGUGCAGAAUAUUGAGGUGUGCUGUGCUCGUCCGGAGAAAGUCCGCUGGGUGGAAACUCAUGAUGGGAAUAUCCCUCCUAAUGCUAUUAUUGGUGGCAACACUGCAUCUGGUGAGCCACUGUACAUUGGCAGAGCAAGAGAGCAGGGUUCAUUGACUCCAGGAAAAGUCCACCCGAGCCACAAAUCUAUGUACAUCUCAUUUGCUGGAAAAGAGCUUGCGCACAAAAACUAUGAAAUACUGUGUACUGUUUAGACAGUAAGUUUUUUAAAACACUUUAAAAUCACUUAAUAAUAUUAUAUUGUGAUUCAUUUUUAUUUUUUAAACAAUCAUACAGGAAUCAGUAAAAGUCUGGUUAAGGCAUUUUUAUGUUUAAGGAAUGUUGCUUAAGGGCCAGUGUGCAUGGUCGUCUCUAAUGUUUCCGUUUGCAUUAUAAUUAUAGUCUAUCACACGAAAAAUAGUCAAUUUUUCCACAAUUUAUAUUAUUGAAUAAUGUAAGUAUGUGACAACAACCACGUUUUGUGAACAAGUAGACUAUUUUUAGUUUGCUAGAGGCAAUAAUUUUAAUGAUAAUAGUAUAAGACGACAUUUCCUUUGACCGAGGGUGGUCUAAGCAUAAUUUUUAAGUAUUGUGUACAUUGUCUUAAUAUCAUACUACAAACUUUCUGGUUAUUUUCAGUAUAAUUAAUUGUUAUUAAAAAGUCUGUUAGACUACAGUUUUAAUUUAUUUUCUAUUAUGCAAAUUGGCCUUAAAAGUUAAUUUUGUUUAUUUGGAAUAAUAAUCUUUUAGAAUCUCGUUUAUUAUUAAAGAGUUCAUCAUGAAAUAGUUGUUAAUGAACCAAAUUUAUGUUUUUACGUCACUAUCACUCUCAAUUAAUCACUCGCUUUGUCAACUGAGAGCGCUAACAUGCGCUAAGUUUUGAGUGCUUUAGGUAACAUAAUAUUGUGGACUUAAAAAGAACAAUGUUGAAGGAACAGAAUUUCAUCAAGUAUAUUUGCUUGGGAUUCAGAUAUUAUGAAUAACUUACAGAACCUUCCGUUGUAGUGCCUAAAACGAGAAAUUGCCAAAAAGGUUCUAUGAGAUGAAAUAGACCUUAGUUAAUUAUUGUUGUCGUUAUAUUGUGGUUUUAUAUAUUUUUAUAGUAUUUUACACUAAGACAAUGUUUGUAUUAAACGCAUUUACUGGA